AUGCGUUCAUAUCCGAAAAAAUUCAACGUAGCUUGCAGAGAAGUGGAUGGCAUUGAUGCAAGCUCGCCGAGGAGAAGUUUGCGAAGCUCCUGGCCGAAAAUGGUGUAUCGGCACGGAAGUGAACCUAAUUUGCUUAUUCGUACGAGCGGAGAGAAACGAUUAAGCGACUUCCUCCUUUGGCAGUGCUCUUCUUGCCACAUAUACUUUGAUGACGUUUUAUGGCCAGAAUUCAGCUUCUGGAAUCUCUGUAAAGCGAUUCUUUCGUACCAGUAUCAUAUCAGCUCUGUGCAGGAAAUCCGGCGUUGCCAAAAGGCGACCGAUCCCUCCGAAGAAGAACUUCUAGCCAUACAACCUUUCCUUGAGUACGUCGAUGCCGCGCAUGAUGAUUUGUUGAAUGAGUUCGCAGCCCAGGAAGUUUAA